AGCUGCCUGCCCCUUCCCUGGGCUUUGACUUUCGUUCCCGGUCCCUGUGUCCCUUCCUGCCAAGGAAACCAUCUCCACGGCAACCUCAAACCUCCGGGCUGUGCCUCGGAGCUGCUCUGCCGUCCCCAGGACCCCGGGCAGGAUGAAGCUGCUGGGGGCCGUGCUGGUGGCGCUGUCCCUGCUCCUGCCGGGCGCCUGGGCCAGCGAGGCCUCCCGGACCUGCAUCUUCCAGACCCUCAGCGAGUCCGACCACGAGUUCUGCAGGGGGGAUUUGGAAAUCAUCUACCCCGAGGUGGGCGACGUGAGCUGCUCCUACAUCCCCAAGUGCCACGGCUACCGCCAGAAGCUCAGCGAGGAGUGGGGCAAGCCCCGCGUCCGCUACCCCUGGGCCAAGAAGAACAAGAAAUACGUCCUGGUGAUGGUGGACCCCGAUGCUCCCAACAGAGAGAACCCCCGGCUGCGCUUCUGGAGGCACUGGCUGGUCACCGACAUCCUGGGUUCGGAUCUGAGGGUUGGGAAGAUCAAAGGGAAGGUCCUGACAGAUUACAGCCGGCCCAAGCCCUCCCGCUACAGCGGCUACCACCGCUACCAGUUCCGCCUGUACCGGCAGUCGCAGCACCAGACCAUCUCCCUGAGCUCCGAGGAGCAGCAAUCGCUGGGCACCUGGGACUUGAAGGACUUCGUGGAGGAUUUUCACCUGGGCCACCCCGUGGCCGCGACCCAGUUCCUCACCAAAAACUGCAAGGAUUAACUCUGGCCACCCCUGCCUUGCCCUGCACAUCCCCAGAGCCCAGAGCCACCUCUGCCCGGAGCAGAGGGGACCCCAGACCCACUGAGGAUGAUCCCACCCUGCUCCCAGCCCAGAGCCACAGCCCCAACCCCUCCCCUCCCACAGCCAAGUUCUCUUUCCCUCUGGGGAACGUCCCAGCUCGCCCGGUUAUCCCAGGAAUUCUGGCAUCUCCCCUUCUCCCCCCUUCACCCCAUUUCUGACUUGACCCCCUGCAUGUCCCCCUGGCACUUUGGGGACUUUGAGUUUGAUGCCUGCAGCUUCUUGAAUAAAGUUUGGAUGGAGCA